AUGGCUCAAACACGCCUUCCACAACAGCAGGGGCAGCAACAGCAGCAGCCUCCACCUCAGUUCGCUACCCAUCCCUUCUCUCCUCCAGUCUCUUCGCCCUCACCUCACUCAGCAACUUCUCCCGUCAACGGAGCCGUGGCACCUCCUCCCCAGAAGAAGCCACGGUUAUCGCCACUUCCUCCAUCACAAACACAGUCUCCUUACUCAUCUCCUAACUUCGGCGCAAUGCAACUUCCUCCGACACAACCACCGAUGAAUGGCGUGGCUACGAAUUUCGCGCCAUCUACACCUACCAGUGCAGCGCCCGCCCCAGGAACGAUGGGUCCACCCUCGCGUCCUGUCGACAAGACAACCGACGCAGCCGAGUUGACGGAUGUCCUGGCAUCAUCAGGUAUUGAUGUUCGGGAGGAAGAGGCGUUCCUGACGCGCAGCUUCUCUGGGCCAAAUGCGCAGGCGCAGCCGGCCAAUAGAGCUCAGCUGCCACAGCCGCUACCCCCGAUCAACACUUCCUUUGCUUCACAGGCAUCUACAACGGGAACACUAUCUGCCUCUAGCAGUUUUGGCGAGCUGCCCCACGCCAAGCCGACAAUUCCGCAGACCUCAUUUUCCACUGAUCUAACCUCGCAAACUACCUCCAUCAGCAAUCCACCGAGUCGUGCAGAUUCUGAGGCGGCACGAAGGGCACAAUAUCACCUUCAGGAGCCGUUCCUCUUCGCUAAGCUUGUGGAGCAGAAGAUUCAGAAGCGUGGUUUCGAGCUCGGAGUACGCAUUUGCUCAGAAGGGCUAUUCCAUCCCGUUCCUGGCCGACAAGCGCCAAUCGAAGUUACUGGUCCCGAUGGAUCGUCGAUUGUGCGAACAGGCCAGACCAUCCUUAAUCAGGAGGGCGCCCCGUUAGUGGAUAUCUUGAACCUCAUCUCUCUCUCGUGUGAGGAACGUCUAAGAGGGGUGGUUGACUACUCUUCUGCCCUCGCACGUAGUCGCAGAGCCCACUCACAUGGUGUGGUUCCAGAUGCGUGGGUCGAUAUUGCACAGCCUCUGGGUCCAAUCGCAGGGAACACGGUAACUCCGUCAAAACGACCCAAUCCGGAUACCGAAGAUGCUGCCAAGAAACCUGCGGCAGAGAGAUACAGAGGACUCGUCACGAGAGAAAACAACCAAGAAAAUAAGCGUGCAGCGAAACGGACCAAGAGAAGUGCUAGUGCCAUUGUCGGCGAAAGCACGGGCACUCGACUCGAUUCUGCAGACAUCAUUGGCUCCGCUCCUUCUACUCCAUUAGGAGAACGAGCGCCCAGUUUCGACAGCAAAAAGUCGAUGACAAAGAAGGAACAAAAGAAAUUGAUGGAUAGCAAGGCCAAUGAGGCGCAUCAGCACCAGCAAUCUGUGGAGACUGCACGACUCGCGACGAAUUCGAUGCUGUCUGGUCGGAUGUUUGGAGCCAAGAAGUCGUAUUCCUGGCUCAAGCCUGGAGGUUCUUCCAGUGGGUUUUCCACGCCAACCCGGCCUGCUCCUUCGACUCCAACCACCGGGCCAGAGAAGCCUACUCGGUCGGGCGAGACACCAGCCGGUCAGCCGAAGCGGCGACUUGGAACGUGGCGAGAAGAUCAGGAGAAGGGGCGAGGCAUUCAGGUUCGGGAUAUCUUGUUUGCUGUGGAGGCCGAUGGUCGAGCUAGCAAGCACGUUCAAAAGGGCUACUCGAAGGACCCAAAGGAGGAUCGUGGAGUUUGA